AGCACAAUUCUGUGGUGCCUAAUGAGGAAAACAAUAAAAACCGAAUUUGGUUUAUAAAUUAUGGAAAAGAGCUUCAAGGUCUUGUUAUAACCAACCGAGAAAUUGAGUCACACUACUAUGACAUUCACACAGCACUUUUGAAUGUGUUUUCAAAUUAUAGUUGUACUAUUUUAAUAUUAGAAGGCUAUAUGAUGGCAUUGAUGAAGCAAGCAGAUUUUUUCUAUUUAUUUGACUCCCAUGCCAGAGACUCUAAUGGCAUGCCUGAUCCUAAUGGCACUGCUGUUGUCAUGAAAUUUGCUAAUAUUCUAGAAUUAGAACAAUAUUUGUAUUCUGUUUCAGUGACAUUGCAUGCCAAUUUAUUUGAAAUUGUACCUGUGCAAUUAAAUAUAUGUAAAGCUUCAGAGCAAAAACGUAAGUGCGUAAAGGAUCAAGAGUAUGUCCUGAAAAAGAGGCUUUUAAUAGAAAAUGAAGGUGAUAAACAAGCUAGACUGAAGAAAGCUAGUGAGUAUAAAAAAAGAAAGCAGUCAGAGGAAACUGACAGUGUGCGGCAAAUAAGACUUCAAAAAUUAAGUGAGUCUAUUAAACAGAAACGUUCAGAGGAAACUGACAGUGAAAAACAAAUUAGACUUCAAAAGGAUUGUGAGUCUAAAAAAACAAAGCGGUCAGAGGAAACUAAGUAA